GGCUUCGCCAGAGAUGAUUUCCGUUGUAUGUUAUUUGACAGUCAGUGACGAUUGACGGGAGUCCAUCAGCUCAGUGGCCGUUGAUGGACCAUCCCUAUGAAGAAACAGGGUUACAAUGGGACAGAGUACCUCGGAGCAAGAGGUCCAGGCAGAGAACCCAGAGGACGGGUUUGAAAACAUCAAGAUAUUAGUGGAGGAGGAACUACAGACGAGCAUGAUGGUGGGGAUGGUGAUUGGUGCUGGCAUCGCCAUAGUCCUCAUCGCCAUCCUCAUCUUCUUCAUCUUGCGGAGGAUCCAGCUUCGAAACCGAGAAGCUCAGGAGGCACCCAAGUACCGCUUUCGCAAGAGAGACAAAGUCAUGUUCUAUGGGCGAAAGAUAAUGCGUAAAGUCUCGCAGUCUACCUCUUCCCUGGUGGGUACAUCCUCUUCCUCUCGGCCGCGCCUAAAGAAGAAGCAGAAGAUGCUCAACAUUGCCAAAAAGAUCCUGCGCUUUAAGAAGGAGGUGCCCACUCUGCAGGCCAAGGAGCCCCCUCCCUCGGUGCUGGAGGCUGACCUCACCGAGUUUGACGUGGCCAACUCCCACCUCCCCUCCGAGGUGCUCUACAUGCUCAAAAAUGUCCGUGUGCUGGGUCACUUUGAGAAGCCCCUCUUCCUGGAGCUGUGUAAACACAUGGUGUUCGUGCAGUUCCAACAAGGGGAGUACGUCUUCAGGCCGGGCCAGCCCGACAGCAGCAUCUACGUGGUUCAGGAUGGGAAACUAGAAUUGUGCCUUACUGGAACGGAUGGCAAAGAAAGUGUGGUGAAGGAAGUUUACCCAGGAGACAGUGUCCACAGCCUCCUCAGCAUCCUGGAUGUCAUCACAGGCCACCAGAAGCCUUACAAAACGGUGUCGGCACGGGCUGCAGAGGUUUCAACUGUUCUCCGUUUACCUGUAGAGGCCUUCCUCUCUAUAUUUGAGAAGUACCCUGAGAGCCUGGUGCGGGUCGUACAGAUUAUCAUGGUUCGUCUCCAAAGAGUUACAGUCCUAGCCCUGCACAACUAUCUGGGCCUCACCAAUGAGCUCUUUAGCCAUGAAAUGCAGCCCUCGCGUCUGCCACCUCCGUCUCCCCACCCAACUCGCACCAGUCCCAUACGGCAUGGCAAGCGCUUUGGCAGCCUGACCGUGACGGAGGAGCACCGGGAAGCUGCCAUUAAGGGUGAAGCUUCAGGAGGGGAACAAGGGAAGGAUGGAGCAACAGUGCCAACUCUUAGCAGGACCAUCUCCAUGCCUGUGGACAUUGCUGGUAUACAGAAAAGUCUGAGAUCGGACUUUGACAUGGCGUACGAACGGGGACGGAUCUCUGUCUCUGCAGAGGAUGGCAACACUCCUCCUACGUUUACUCGGUCUGUAUCCCAGGACCAGCGGGAGAGGAGGGUGACAGUAGACGAGGUUCCCUCAGGGAUCUAUCUGUAUCCAGAGGAAGAGUCGGGAGUGGACAAUAUCUUCACACCCGUGUCCAGUCGGUCCUGUGCUGCUUUGUUUGAGGAAGCUCAGAAAGAGAUCCUCAAACUCAUGAAGAUUGAGGAGCCAUCCUUGAUAAAUGGGAAAGUGACUCUGCACCAUGCAAAAGCUGGAGCCGUCUUAGCCAGACAGGGAGACCAGGACGUGAGUCUGCACUUUGUCCUCUCUGGCUGUUUGCAUGUCUACCAGCGUAUGAUUGACAAGCAGGAAGCCGUCUGCUUGUUCGUGACCCACCCGGGGGAGAUGGUGGGUCAGCUCGCCGUGCUCACCGGAGAGCCCCUCAUCUUCACCAUCAAGGCCGUCCGAGACUGCACUUUCCUGAAGAUCUCAAAGUCUGAUUUCUACGAGAUCAUGAGGGAGCAGCCCAGUGUGGUGCUGAGUGCUGCUCACACGGUGGCCAUCCGCAUGUCCCCUUUUGUCAGACAGAUGGACUUUGCUAUUGACUGGAUGGCUGUGGAGGCCGGCAGAGCCCUCUACAGACAAGACGACCAGUCAGACUGCACCUACAUUGUUCUGAAUGGACGUCUGCGUUCAGUCAUCCGCAAGGCAAAUGGCAAGAAAGAACUAGUUGGGGAAUACGGCAGAGGAGAUCUCAUCGGAGUGGUGGAAGCCUUGACCAGACAGCCAAGAGCCACCACCGUCCACGCUGUGAGAGACACAGAGCUGGUCAAACUGCCAGAGGGAACACUCAACAACAUCAAAAGACGAUAUCCCCAGGUGGUGACGAGGUUGAUCCACUUGUUAGGCCAGAAGAUUCUGGGGAACCUGCAGCAGGGUCGCGGACCCUUUUCAGGUUCAGCCCUGAAUCUGCCCAGUAUGACAGCCAGUGCUGAUGUCACCAACCCAGCCAGCAACCUCUCCACUGUGGCUGUCCUGCCUGUAUGCGAUGAGGUGCCGAUCAAUGCGUUCAACCUGGAGCUCAGCCAUGCCCUCAAUGCCAUUGGGCCCACUCUGCUGUUAACCAGCGAAAUAAUCAGAGAGCGACUGGGCGCCUCUGCUUUGGACAGUAUCCAUGAGUACCGUCUCUCCGGCUGGCUGGCCCAGCAGGAGGACAUCAACCGGAUUGUUCUCUACCAGACUGACAACAGCAUGACGCCAUGGACUCAGCGCUGCAUCCGCCAGGCUGACUGCAUCCUCAUCGUGGGCCUGGGGGACCAGGAGCCUGCCCUGGGAGAGUUGGAGCAGAUGCUGGAAAACACAGCAGUCCGGGCUCUGAAGCAGCUGGUUCUUUUGCACAGAGAGGAUGGGCCGGGCCCCUCCAGGACGGUCGAGUGGCUCAACAUGCGUAGCUGGUGCUCCGGGCACCUGCACCUCAAAUGUCCCCGCAGGGUUUUCUCCAGACGCAGCCCCAGCAAACUAAGGGAGGUGUAUGAGAAGGUGUUUGAGAAAACGGCAGACAGACACAGUGACUUCUCUCGGCUGGCCCGAGUCCUGACUGGAAACAGCAUCGCUGUGGUGCUGGGAGGAGGCGGAGCCAGAGGCUGCUCGCAUGUGGGUGUGAUCAAAGCUAUGGAGGAAGCGGGGAUUCCUAUUGACAUAGUGGGUGGGACCUCAAUCGGCUCAUUCAUCGGCGCGCUGUAUGCUGAGGAGAGGAGUGCCGUCAGAACCAAACAGAGAGCCAGAGAGUGGUCCAAGGCAAUGAACUCAGUCUUCAAAACAGUCCUGGACCUGACCUAUCCCAUCACGUCCAUGUUCUCCGGUUCUGCCUUCAACACCAGCAUCUAUAAAGUGUUCCAGGACAAGCAAGCUGAGGACCUGUGGCUGCCAUACUUUAACGUCACCACCGACAUCACGGCCUCAGCCAUGCGUGUUCACCAGGAUGGCUCUCUGUGGCGCUAUGUGCGGGCGAGCAUGACCCUCUCGGGGUACCUGCCGCCUCUCUGUGACCCCAAAGAUGGCAACUUGCUAAUGGACGGUGGCUACAUCAACAACCUGCCAGCGGACAUUGCGAGGAACAUGGGUGCCAGAACAGUCAUUGCCAUCGACGUGGGUAGCCAAGAUGAAACCGACCUCUGUAACUAUGGCGACUGCCUGUCUGGCUGGUGGUUGCUGUGGAAACGAAUCAAUCCCUGGGCAGAGAAAGUAAAGGUCCCCGACAUGGCAGAGAUCCAGUCUCGGUUGGCCUACGUGUCUUGUGUGAGGCAGUUAGAGGUGGUGAAGAAGAGUGCCUACUGCGAGUACAUCAGACCGCCCAUCGAUCGCUUCAAGACCAUGGACUUCGGCAAGUUUGAUGAGAUCUAUGAUGUGGGCUACCAGCAUGGCAAGUUGCUGUUCACUGGCUGGGCCCGAGGUGACAUUAUCGAGAACAUGCUGAGGGACCAUCGCUCAGCCGAUUACAACGACAGCAAGAGAACUGACUCCUGCUCGUGUGUGGGAGCUGACUUCACUGACCUUGCAGAGAUUGUAUCCAGGAUAGAGCCAGUCCAAAGCUACGUAGCUGCAGAUGCGGAGGAGUCAGACUGUCUGACAGAGUACGAGGAAGACGGGAUGGACACUGUGAGAGAGGAGGAGGGGGAGGAAGAGGAGGAAGAGGCAGAGGACCCUGAGGAUCACUCCCCUGGAGAGUGGGGCCAGAACGGAGUCUUUCAAACUGAUGAGGAGAAAUCUGUGAGACAGCGCAGGAAACUCACCAGUGACUCCAACACCUCCGAGGUCUCCGAUUGCUGACAGAGGGCCAUGGAGGAGUAGAGGGAGACAAACCAGACCAAGGGCCAAAAUACAGGUCCAUAAGCUGUCAAGGCUAGAGACUUGAACGCCACACUCAGCUCCUGCAACUACUGAAACUCUGAAAUACUGUUUUUGUUUUUUGUUGGGGUUUUUUUCUGCAGGAACUCACCAUUCAUGCUCUAAACUAUUGAACCUUUUUGCAUCAAGCGGCUUCCCCCUCACUCCGUAAUUCACGUUUUGACCCCACAGUCGAAAAUGAAAGUGUACGGUCUCAAAUGAGAACGGCCUUUUUAAGAUCUACCCCACCCAGCAGGCUCUCUCAUCACUUUCACACCAAACUGACCCAUUGCCAGAAUCCCUGCCUGCCAACUCCCAAACCUGCCAAAACCGGGACUCCCCCAGUAACCAACUAAACAAAACAGGGACGCUUAAAACUUUCAAUUCAGUCUCCUGUUUCUCAGUUUCAAAUGGCCAGAAGGACCUACCGUCUGUGUCUCUGAAUCUUCAUGUGCGUCUGUAAUGUCGAUACAUCUUCAUUGCACUCCAUUAACAUAUGACACGGUCCUUUAAUUUCUUGUGUGAGCUUGUUGGGAUGCGUGUGUAUAUGUUGACUGUUUGCUGUGAUUUGUUGAACAGUAGCAGGACACUGAAGAGAAGUGAGAAAAAUAUAUAAUAGAGCUGUAGUUAGUUAGAGUUAAAAGUUUAGCUUCAGAUGUCAAGAGGCGGGAGCUGUAGGAGAAAUAGAUGCUCAUGUAGACACCAAAGUAGACUUUAUGUUGAAUGAACAGAGUUGGACCAGCGUUGGGAAGCUGAAUGAGGAUGGGUAAAAAAUCUUGAGUGUGGAAGGUAGAAAAAAAAUUUAAGGAGAUAAAAAAUCAUGGAUGGAAGAAAAGAGAUGGACCAGUGCAUAAACUUUUAAUUUAUUUUAUUUAAAAUUCACCUAGAAUAUAGCAGAGGAAGCUCGAUGCGCUGUAUGUACACUGAACAGAUGAUGGCGAAAAUGUGUGAUGAAAAUGAGACGAGUGAAUGAGAUGAUUUUACCGAGUGGAUGACGUUGUGUCUGUGUGCUUGAAAUUUAGUGUUUUGUUUGAAAUGAUGCCAGAAAAAGACGUUGCCUUUUCAACCAGUGUUUGAUCCACUCACGGUGACGGUGGAGAAGAGAGCGGUCGUUUUACUGACACUACACAACAAACCAGUGUGUGCCCACCUCUGCUUGCACAAGGUCACACAUACAGUACUCAAGGUUCCUUCGUGUAGCAGACAAUAAUUCGUGUGUAUGACAGAGUGUCUGAGACUGUACAGUAAUGAAAAUCUUUAAAAAACCUCGCCAACAAUUUAUUGUCGGAUAAUACGCAGAAACUUUGGGUACUCCUUUACUUCAAAUGGGCAGAAAUUCACCUCAUGUAACUAUUAACACUGAAUUAACAUGGACCUCUUGUAGAUUGUAACAAGAUUAUAUUAUAAAAUACACAAUGUUGAUAUCCAUAUAUGUAUAUGAGGUGGAAAUUUGUAAGUUGAUGCUUUGCUGCGAAACAAGGGAACCUUCACAUAAAAAUGGUUUCUUCUUUUAAAAUUCAUUUUGUUUUAUUUAUAUAUGUUAACUACUGGCUUUUUAAAAAGUAUUUUCUUUUUUUUAAUUCGUUGGGGUUAGGGGUGUCUUAUUUCAAUUAACUCGGCUUUAGCUGUUUUGCACUGAAAUAUUUGAAGUAUUCCUUGCUCAGAAAAUGUUUGGUUUAAUGACAGCCAACCUUGAGAUGCCAAGGGAAUCUAAAGAAUAAAAAACACUGAGAUGAUAAUUUAAUAUGCAUAUUGGGAAAUAAAUAUAAUAUGCAGUA